AUGCCUAGUUCAGUGACCUCCAAACCGUCUCGCAAGCGUCAGUAUCCUAAGCCCCAUCCAUCCGACAGGUCACGAUUUCAGAAAAGACAGAAGCUUGACGCGCCGGCAUCAUCAUAUUGGGAUAACCUGUUAAAGAUUUGGUUAACCAAAGAUGCAUUAGAGGAGUUGGAUCGAAGAAACAGCCGCCCGAAACCACCCCAGAACCACCAUAGACCUGUCACUCGACGAUUUUGCACUGAGCUGAAGAAGCGCUGUAAUCCUUUUCAGUUUGUUCUGGACUUUCUCCAAAUGUACGUAACUACAAAUCUAUGCAAAUACAUCAUUGCUGAUAAUAUUGCCCAGUUUUCUAAACCGGAAAAUUUCCUCAAAAAAGCAAUCAGCUCAAGGUCGCAGAGUAGAAAGCGACGCGAAUGUUCUCCUCCAUCAACAAGCGCAGAUACAAGGAGUGCCAACAAGUCCACGAGCACCACACCCUAUAAUCGUAACUUCCAGCAGAAUUUAAUUGAUCAUGGCGUUUACCCUGACGGAUAUGAAUAUCCGGAUGGCCGAAUACCAGCAAUACUGGGAGAUCAAUGA